AUGGCUGCAGUAGCAUUGCGAGCUUUGCUGGUGUGUUUCGCGGCUGCUCUCUUCAUGGCGGCCGCACAAGCCCAACUCAGCCCCAAUUUUUACCAGAAAACGUGCCCGAAAGCGUUGCCAGCCAUUAAGAAGAUCGUCAAGGAAGCCAUCAAGAAGGAGGCUCGAAUGGGCGCGUCGCUGCUCAGGUUGCACUUCCAUGACUGCUUUGUCAAUGGGUGCGAUGGAUCGAUACUUCUGGACGAUACAAAGAAUUUCACUGGGGAGAAGACGGCACCUCCGAACUUGAACUCCGCUAGAGGAUUUGAUGUGGUUGAUAAAAUCAAGACGGCCGUUAACAAAGCUUGCAAGGCCAACAUUGUCUCUUGCGCCGACAUUCUGGCGGUCGCCGCUCGUGAUUCCGUCGCCAUCUUGGGAGGUUCAAAGCACUACUACCCGGUGAUGCUAGGAAGACGUGACGCCCGAACCACCACCCAAUCCGCCGCCACCAACAACCUCCCGCCGCCGUUCUUCAACUUCUCCCAGCUCCUCUCCAACUUCCAAUCCCACGGCCUCAACGUCACCGACCUCGUCGCCCUCUCCGGCGGCCACACCAUCGGCCUCGCCCGCUGCGCCAACAUCGUCGCCCGCAUCGUCAACGACACCAACAUCCCCACCACCUUCGCCGCUUCCUUGCGCCGCGCCUGCCCUCCCGCCGCCGCCAACGGCCCCGCCGGAAACGCCACCCAGCCGCUGGACCGGACCCCGGCGAGCUUCGACACGCAGUACUACGGGGCGCUGAUCGGGUCGAGGGGUUUGCUCCACUCCGACCAGCAGCUGUUCGGCAGGACGGCGAACGCGGCCAGCAACGGGCUCGUUAGGCUGUACAGCGGGAAUCCGGCGAAGUUCGCGGCGGAUUUCGCGGCGUCGAUGGUGAAGAUGGGGAAUAUGAAGCCGCUCACUGGGAAGCAAGGGGAGAUCAGGAAGAACUGCCGCAGGCCGAAUUAA